AUGGGGUCUAGCCCGGGUUCCAAUGACCCGUGGGAUUCGGAGGUGGCAAUAUGCAGUGGUAGUGAGAUUGCUGUCGCAAGGUCGGAAGAUGUAGACGACGAGUUUGAAGAUGCCGGCUUUGAUACCGCGUCGGCAAGCAAGUUUGAGAGUGUUCCUUCGUCUAUUUAUCUCCAUGCCUACGAGACCGGCCCAAGAUAUCAUAAGUAUCGAUAUGAAGCUUUCGCCGAUAUGUUCCCCGGCGCCCAAGUUGUCGGUUACGACUUGAGUCCUAUUCAGCCUUUCUGGGUCCCCAGUAGCGUCCGUUUCGUUGUCGGUGACAUCGAAGACGAAUGGGUCUAUGGCGACGAUUGGGAUCUUGUUCACAUCCGUCAGGUCUUCUCGGCGAUCAGAGACCCCCUUGGAGUUUGCAAGCAGAGUUUUAGCCAUCUUAAACCUGGUGGUUGGAUAGAAGUCCAAGAUUUCGGCGGCAUCUUGAAAUACAACGACGAUGCACUGCCCACCGAAUUUCUACUCUCUGAAUUUUACGACAUGACAAAUGAAGCGUUGUCUACCUACGAUUAA